AUGUCGGCCGCUGCUUUAAUUACGGCUUUGGUGCUGCAAUUACUGCAAGAAUUCGCAGCCGGAAUCCACCCAUCGUACAACGUCUUCCUGCAAUCUCCGCAGCAAUCUCUCAACGACGGUUUGUUCCUGCCCAGAUCCUACAACACAUAUCACGGCGGUAACAGUUAUUUCGGGAAUCUGCCGCCCCAGCAACCGCCCCAGCAACCCCAAGAUCCCGCGACGCUGGGAUGCGGUACGCCUCCGGCCGCCUGCCCAAAGACCAGGUACCGCUCCUACGACGGUUCCUGCAACAAUUUGAGGAACCCCGUGCUGGGCACCCCCAACACACCGUACACUAGAUUGUUGCCGCAAAAUUACGGCGACGGCAUCAGCAAUCCCACUCUAGCCAGAAGCGGCGACGAGCUGCCGCUAUCCAGAAUGGUCAGCCUGACGAUAUAUCCAGACGUUCCCAUCGAAGAUCCCAUAUUCACGCUGAACGCCAUGCAGUACGGCCAGAUCAUCACGCACGACAUGAGCAUGAUACUGGGCAGCACGCAGGCGCAGCCCCACUCCACAGCUUGCUGCUCCCCCGACGGGCAGCUGCUCGAACUGGCCGACGUGCCGGAGCACUGCUACCCGAUCCGGCUGCCCGAGCACGAUCCCCAGAUGGGCCGUACCAACACCAGGUGCAUGAACUUCGUGCGUACCAUCACCGACAAGGACCGAAGAUGCGUACCGGACAACCAGCCCGCCGAGCAGUUGACGGCUGUCAAUCACUUCCUGGACCUGUCGCUGGUGUACGGUAACAAUGAGCAGGUGAACAGGCAGGUGAGGCAGUUCCAAGGCGGCAGGAUGCGAGUGGAGGCAAGAAACGGCCAGGAAUGGCCGCCUAGAUCGAACAACGCUUCCGGAGUCUGCGCUAUCCAGAACCCAAGAGAAGCUUGCUACCUAGCCGGCGACGCCAGGGUGAACCAGAACCCGCAGCUGACGCUGCUGCAGGUGGUGCUGCUGCGCGAGCACAACCGGCUGGCGGACGCGCUGGCGUCGCUCAAUCCGCAUUGGGACGACGAGACGGUGUUCCAGGAGGCGAGGAUGAUCAACGUGGCCCAGCACCAGUUCAUCACCUACUACGAGUGGCUGCCGCUGUUCAUCGGCUCGCAGAACUCGCUCAAGAACAAGAUCAUCUAUAACACCAAGGGGUUCGUGGAUGAUUACGACCAAUCGGUGGAUCCGACGAUUCUGAACGAGCACGCCACCGCCGCUUUUAGAUACUUCCAUUCGUUGAUCGUGGGCAGCUUGGACUUGGUGACGGAGGCGCGGUCGAGCUACGGCAGUUUGAGGCUGAGCGAUUGGUUCAACAGGCCGCAGAUUUUGGAGGAGGGCGAGAAUUUCGAUCAGCUGGCCAGAGGUUUGAACACCCAGCCGGAAUCUGCUGCGGAUCGCUUCCACACCAGCGAGAUUACCCAGUUCAUGUUCAGGGCAGGCCAGGCUUUCGGGCAAGACCUCAAAGCCACCGAUGUCCAGAGGAACCGAGACCACGGCUUGGCCUCUUACAACGACUACAGGCAGUUCUGCGGGCUGCCCAAAGCGCACACCUUCGAAGGCUUCCUGGACCUCAUCACCCCCAAGGACGUGGAGAAGCUGGCCAAUUUGUACCAAUCGCCGGACGACGUGGACCUGACGGUGGGCGGCUCGCUGGAGGCGCACGUGCCCGGCACGCUGGCCGGGCCGACGUUCCUCUGCAUACUCACCGAGCAGUUCUUCAGGUCGCGGAAGGGCGAUCGGUUCUUCUUCGAGAACUCUGUGGGGGGUGGGCUGACGCUGGGGCAGCUGAAUGAGGUCAGGAAGACGAGCAUGUCGAGGUUGCUGUGCGACAAUUCGCAUGGGGUUCGAGCGAUGCAGCCCAGGGGAUUCGAGAGGAUAUCGCACAGUAAUCCAGUGGUGUCGUGCGAAUCCCUGCCAUCUGUGGAUCUGUCCCUGUGGAAAGACGCUAAUGGAGGCGGCGAGGUGACGUUGGAGGCGGAUCCAUUCAGGGGGAAUUACUACGGGAAGUAG